AACCCUACCGUGCGCGACAGAGAGAGAGUCUCUCACUGAAUGGCGAUCGCUUCUGCUGCUGCGGAGUCACUAACUCAAGGCACACCGGAGACCACCGAAAAUGAUCUCCAGCCAUUCUUUGUUUUCCACAAAGCUUCGUCCCGAAAAUCUGAUAAAAAACCAACUGGAACUGGGAAAACCCGAAGGCGGAUUGAUCUAUCUCCGUCAUCACCUAAUAAGACAGAGAAAUCAGAACCCGAUAAAGCUGGAGAACGGGAUGAGCAUUGCAACGAGCACUUGCGUACUGAAGCUUUUGAACUUGUUUGGUCAAAAAUCAACUCGACCAUCAAGGAUAUUUUGAGGGGUAUCAAUACUAAUGUAUUUAACGAAAUACAUCACUGGGUUUUGGAGUCCUUCAAUGCUAUCCAGUCAUUUGGAACACCUGGUUUCACUGAAGCAACUCGGUCUUUUCCCAUUGUAACUGACGCGAAUUCUAAACUACUGUUCACUGGGAUGGUUCUGACCAGGAAUAUGGAGUUUGUUGAUGAUCUACUAACAUUUGAAGACCUUGGCCUUUUUUUGAGAUCUAAUGGAUGCCAUGUGGCUAACCUUUCGUCCCUGGACUUCUCAGCCAAGAGUGGGAUUGGUGGCUGCCUCAGGGGUUUAUUGAGACAGUUCUUAAAGGCUACUUUAUAUGAAGCUGAUAUAUCCAUCUUGGCAUCAUGGUAUAGAGAACAAGAAAACCAUAAUACCCCAGUGGUUGUGAUUAUAGAUGAUAUGGAACGAUGUUGUGGGUCUGUAUUAUCCGACUUCAUACUUAUGAUGAGUGAAUGGGUUGUAAAGAUUCCAAUCAUUUUAUUAAUGGGAGUUGCCACAACACUGAAUGCUCCAAGAAACCUUCUUCCAUCAAAUGUGCUGCAGCACUUGUGCCCCUCUAAGUUCAUAUUGGGAUCACCAGCUGAGAGAAUGGAUGCAGUUGUUGAGGCAGUCCUUGUGAAACAGUGUUCUGGGUUUAGUGUUGGUCACAAGGUGGCUGUUUUCUUGAAAAACUACUUCUUAAACCAGGAUGGAACACUAACAUCUUUUAUUAGAGCUUUGAAGAUAGCAUGUGCCCAGCAUUUCUCCAUGGAGCCUCUGAGCUUCAUACUUGGUGGCUUGCUUGUUGAAGAAAAACAAAAGGGUGAGAAAAGUGGUUUACAGCCAGAGGUAGUAUUGAAGUAUACUUCUCAGCUUCCGUCCUAUGCAAGGAACCAAAUGGCUGAACAGAAUGGUAAAAGUUUGGUUCAUGGUUUCUCAGAAUUGAGGAGACUGCACAAGUGCUGGAGCACGGUCGUCUUGUGCCUGUAUGAAGCAGGGAAGUGUAAUAAAAUCCGACUGCUAGACCUAUUAUGUGAGGCACUUAAUCCAGAUUUGUACACCUCAAGGGCUUCCAAUAAUCAUGUGGUACUAGAGAAGGAUGUUGGAGUACCCAUGGCUACUGAUCGUUCUAUACGUCGAAAGUAUUCUACCUUGCGAAAGGGCGGUUUUAUCGGUCAGAUAGUACGCAAAGUGAGGGAUCUCCCGGCACUGAUGCUCUACCAAUUGCUGAAGAGUUGGGAAAAAACUACUGUUGAUGUUCUUGAGAUCCAUGAAAAAGUGAAGGACUUGCAGUCUUUGUUAAGAUUUGAGGAUGGCAAGUUGAAACCAAAUGUUGAUGACAUAUCCAAGAAACAUUCAUCUCGGAGUCCUUUAAAUAUGGAGAAGGAAUCAAAAGAAGUAAAUGAGAAAGCUGCUGCAUUAAUAGAUUGCUUGGUUAGGGAUUAUUUGAGACCCAUCGAGUGCAUACCUUUGCAUGAAAUCUUCUGCUUCAAGAAUGUUGAGAAACUUCAAUUGGCUUUAAUUGGAGAUCCAAGAAGAAGGAUCCAAGUUGACCUUUUGGAGUUCCACAAAAUUCUGCAGUGUGGUUGCUGCAGCAAGAGUGGCAAUGUCCUAUUGCCAUCUAUGCAUGAUACCUCAAUUAUGUAUAGCCUAGCUCAAGAGCAUGGUGAUCUCAUCAAUCUUCAUGAUUGGUUCCAAUCUUUCAAAACUGUUGUUCUUCAUCCAAGUUCAAAAGGGAAACACAAGUCAAAACAAUCCCCAAAUCCAAAGAAAAGGAAGUAUUCGCAUGAUUCUGAAAACAAGGGUGAAGCAUCAAUUCAAGCAAGAUUUUGCAGGGCAGUUACAGAGCUGCAGAUAACUGGACUCCUUCGGAUGCCCAGCAGAAGACGCCCUGAUUGUGUGCAGAGAGUGGCCUUUGGACUCUAACCAUUGGAGCCAUUGAAGAAGCUUAGUCGGCAUCAUUUUGAUCUGCUUUAUGCAAAGGUAAUUUUAUCUUACAUUUGUCAUGUUAUACUGUUAUGUAAUUAUGCCAAAGCGUAACAUGAUGUCAAGAAUAUGAUUCUUACGAAAUGCUGAGAAGGUGUCCUAGUAGCAUUUGGGAUCCUGGCAUCAUGAUCUCACUGACACCCAAACAGAUUGCACAAGUCAAACCUUUUUAUUUUAGCGCAUAAGUCGAAUUGAAAUCAACUGGGUAUGUUAUAACCCGUCAAAAGCUGUUUCCUUGUAAGAUUUACUGUGACGUAAUUUAUAAUAAUAAUAAAAAAAAGAUUUAGUGA